GCCGAUUUCCCCAUUUUAAAAGAAAGAGUUGAUGGCAAACCCUUGGUUUGGUUUGAUAAUGCGGCGACCACCCACAAACCUCAAUCGGUAAUCGAUCGCAUUGGCUAUUUUUAUGCCCAUGAAAACUCUAAUAUUCACCGAGCGGCGCAUCAGUUGGCUGCCAGAGCUACCGAUGCUUAUGAAUCGGCCAGAGAAAAAGUAAAAAGCUUUCUCAAUGCCCGUUCGGUUAAUGAAGUAGUAUUUGUGCGUGGCACCACUGAGGCUAUUAAUUUGGUAGCUAAAAGUUGGGGCGAACAGUUUUUGGAAAGUGGCGACGAAAUCAUCAUUAGCCAUUUAGAACACCAUGCCAAUAUUGUGCCUUGGCAACAAUUGGCUCAGAAAAAGGGGAUUGUUAUUAAAGUAAUCCCCGUAGAUGACGAUGGUCAGAUUUUGUUGGAUGAAUACGGGAAAUUACUCGGCCCAAAAACCAAAUUAGUCGCUUUUACUCAGGUUUCCAAUGCAUUGGGAACCAUUACUCCAGCAAAAACCAUCAUUGAUAUGGCCCACCGACAAGGGGCUAAAGUAUUAUUAGAUGGGGCGCAAUCGGUUUCGCACAUGCGGGUAGAUUUGCAGGAUUUAAACCCUGAUUUUUUUGUAUUUUCAGGACAUAAAAUUUUUGCACCCACUGGCAUUGGAGUUUUGGUAGGCAAAGAAGAAUUGCUUAACGCCAUGCAACCUUGGCAAGGUGGUGGCAAUAUGAUUAAAGAUGUUACCUUUGAACACACCGAAUACCACGACGCCCCCACUCGUUUUGAAGCCGGUACAGGCAACAUUGCCGAUGCGGUAGGCUUGGGUGCUGCAUUAGAUUAUGUUAAUCGUUGGAGUAUAGAAGCCAUUGGUCAAUACGAACACGCUUUAUUGGCUUAUGCCACCGCUGGACUAAAACAAAUAAAAGGACUGCGAUUGGUGGGAACAGCCAAAGAAAAAGCCAGUGUAUCUUCUUUUGUUUUGGAUGGAUACACCAACGACCAAGUAGGUCAAGCCCUUAGCAAAGAAGGCAUUGCAGUGCGUACUGGUCAUCAUUGCGCUCAACCCAUUCUUAGGCGUAUGGGAUUAGAAAGCACGGUUCGUCCCUCUUUGGCUUUUUACAAUACUUGCGGAGAGGUGAAUCUUUUGUUGAAUGUCCUUGAUCAACUAAGUGAAAAACAACACCAAAAAAAGAUUUUGGCCGCCUCCAAACCCAACGGACAUUUGUUGGAAUUGGGUACGGGCACGGGGUUGUCCACGGCAUGGAUACUAGACGGCAUGCAUGCCACCAGCCAAUUGAUCUCUGUGGACAAUGAACAAACUUAUAUUGACGCCACCUACGAUAUUUUGGGCCAUGAUACCCGUCUAAAUUUA